AUGGCCAACUUAAAAAGACGCGCCGAGGAGGCAGCUCCCGAAAAGACGAAUAAGAAAAAGCGCAAGAGCAAGUUUUCGGCAGAGGAUGAGUCGCUCGACACUGAACUCGGGCUCAACAUGCUCUUCUCACGGAUGGACAACCAGCUACUGGCCGACUAUCUAGCGCAAAAGAUUGGUAGAUUUGGCACUGAUCUCAGUCCCGUAGAGCUAUCCGAUAUUACAGUCUCCGCAAAUGCCAUCACAGACUCUACCGUCUUUACGGAGCAAAGGACUCUGGAGAAGCUGCCGGAUUUUCUGGGCAGUUUUUGUAAGAACCCAGACAGCUUGGCCAAGGCGUCCAAGAAGAAGGGAAACCCGCACUCGAUUAUUGUCACUGGCGCUGGGCUGCGCGCUGCCGACAUUGUCAGAGCUGUCAAAAGAUUUGCCUCCAAGGAAAUUGCAGUUGCAAAGCUGUUUGCAAAGCACAUGAAGGUCGACGAGCAGGUGAAGUUCCUCGAGAAGAUGCGUGUGAGCAUCGUCGUUGGAACCCCGGCACGUUUAUCCGAGCUCAUUGACAAUGGUGCUCUGUCACUCGAGGGCCUGCAUCGCGUUGUCGUUGACGCUUCGCACAUUGACCAGAAGAAGCGUGGAAUCAUGGACAUGAAAGACACGAUGAUGCCGCUUGCCAAAUUUAUUUGCAGAAAGGAAUUUCAGGAUAGAUAUACCGACGAGGAGAAGCCUUUCCAAGCACCCGCAGCAGAGUCUCCAGAGUGCGCUCAGGACUGCACGAAAUCUCUUAUGCAAGAGUAUUCUACUACCGACCUAACGAAUAUAUGUAAGGACGUGGCACAGCAAAGGUCUCUUUUUCUUUGCAUAUUCAGCUCGUGUCAGUCACGAUACUAUGGUCCGGCACUUGCCAGUGCUAUCUUGUCCUGCUCGGGUCGAGGAGCAAACAUCAGCCCCCUUCUACCUGCCGAAAUUCAAUCGAAGAAGUUGUCUGGCCGUCAGCUCUCCCAAGAUUCUGGUGUUCCAGGCUCCCCUCCAGACUUGAACAAUAUUCAUGACUUUGUCAUCGACAACAAGCUUACCCUCGCUCUCGAUUGCAAUGCUGGGUCAGACGGCGUUGUGACGGUUUCAUUAUCAUCUCCCACUACAUUUGCCACGCAUAUUCCGCAGGCUGCCGGACUCCCUGACGGUCAGCUCGGCCCCUUUGCCUCUGAUAGCUCUGGAACAACCGCAGGCCCGACUGUGACACAGCUCCAAGGACGUCCUCCCCUACCCAGUGGCGAUGGCGGACCGCUCACAGUGUCCGACGAUCACCUACCUGGUCAGGAUAGUCAGGAUGGGCAGAUUGGGCAAGAUGGACCUUCUGCUGCACAUGGAACGGGCAGUGAUUGUGAGACAACGUCCACUUCCUCUCCUGCGGUAUCAAGGCACCGCUUCAAUGUCAAGCACCACGUCAUCGUCGAGAGUCUCGUCAACGUCAACUACAUCGUCAACUUCCGAGAACUCGUCCUGCGAAACAUCGGAGCCCAUCACAAAGCAAGCCCCAAAGGCCACUACAACUUCUACGUCUUGUUCAGGAGAUGGCAGCUAUGGAGGCGAUGUGCACCUUCCCAAACUACCCGCACAGAAGACGUUCUUCAAUGCUACAGAAACUGA